AUGUCAAUUCUGUCAGAACCCAAUGUUACAGAAGAAACAUCCGAUGUCCAGACACAACAGCGCUCAAAGCACAAAAAGUCAAAACUUUUGCCAGAUGAGUCUGAUGAAGGAAUCACCGCAGAGUCUUCUGAAUCGGAGACCAACGACUUUCGAUCAAAGGGCCAUCGCCAGAACCCUAAGCACAAAUGUUAUGCUAAUCACAAGGGAAAGGGAAAGAAGAUGCCUCUGGAUAGCGAAAGCGAGGACGAGCGCAGCGAGGUCGAAGACGACGAGUCUUCUGUGGCCAACUUCAAACUCCCAAGCAAGACCCAACGCAAGACCACAAAGCAAAAGACUACAAAGCACAAAGGACACACCAAGCACUCUACAAGCUAUGGAGCGAGGAAAGGAAGAGACAGUCCUUUCCACACAAGCACCAAGUCUUCAUCCUCCCGCGCAAGCCGCCAGAACAUCCUGCACAAGCGAGGUCUGAAGCGUGGCAGGAACCUUCACGACUAUGAGCCUGGUUUGACGGAAGAAAGUACGGUCGAGUCAUCCAGUGCAGAGAUGGACGGCUCUUCUUCCCGUGCAUGCCAUGGCAGAUCCAAACGCAAGCGACUCGGAAAACCUAGGGGACUGGCUGAUACUUCUGACAACGAUAGUGACAUGGAGGAAGAAAUAGGACGUCGAUCUGCGCGAACAUAUGCCAUAACCACUCCUGCCAAGACCAGAGCCCAGAAUGGGAAUCCCAAGAAAAUUGACAAGACAAAUGAACUUGCUGAGUCGACGGAUAAAGAUCUCGUUGGCGGAGCUAUGGAUGGCCUUACUUUGGAAGGGGAUGCACUGAAGACAGCUGGUCGCGCUGCGAAGGCUACAAAACAUGAUGGAAGGGGUCACUCUGUGUAUGAGGAGAAUUGGGAACCCGAGGAGCCUAAGGAGGCUCAUUCGCACCAUGCCUGA